UCAACAAGAGCUGAUUAAUGAAGGUUCACAGUGAGGCAGACACGCUAAGUGAAUGCCGGAGGCGACGACACCGCCAGCGCCGUUACGGGAGACGCGUCGUCCGUGGACCAAGGCGUGCGGCCGACCGCACGCUGCUCGCCGCCAGCACACAGUUGCUUCUCUCACGGGUGUUUUUUUCUUUUGUGUCUGCUUCAUAUCUUCCGCUUGUGGACAUAACCACUUGGCUACACCUACUGGAAAACACAGCGGAUGGCAGGAGAAAACAUCCAGCACGCUGAGGAUGAGGCGCAGGCGGCUCUGCUGCAAGCCCUGCUGGACAACGACUACGAGGCUUUCAGCCGCCUCCUGGACGGCGGCCGGGUCGAACCCUCCCACCGCUACGGGAAGCCGCACUUCGCCACCUGCCUCGAGAUAGCGUGCCGCCGACCGACCCUCCCGACGGCUUUCGUUAACAAGUUGCUCGAAUGUGGCGUCAAGCCAAACGUCAACGUCAUCGUCCCGGAGCCGAUUCAUUACGCUGCCCGGAGCGGUCACUCCGCAGCCCUCUCCAUAUUGCUGUCAAACCCGAAGACAAAGGUGAACUCAACAGACAGCUCAGGUCAUAACGCCUUGCACUUUCUUGUGAUGGCGUUCGGAGACAACGCUCCUAGAAGGCAGGCCAAAGGUUUUGAGUCUUGCAUAGAAUUGCUUGUUAAUUGUGCAAGAUUUGACAUAAACAACAUUGACAAUAAAGGCUUAUGCGCACUGCACCUUGCAGCUAACAUGAAGAGACGGAAGGCUGCAGCACUUAUUAUUGACAAGAGCAAAGCUGCACACCGAGAGCUGGACGUCGAUCGCCGGCUGGUGGGAGGACGGACUGCGAGGCAGGCGUUGGAGGCUCAGCUGCCGGACGUGGCUGCCAAGAUGGCGGCAGCGGGCGUCCAUGUGCCUGCGGGCAAGAGGCGGCUCCUCCUGGCCAUGGACCAGGGAGACUUCCCGCUGUACCAGCGACUGCUGAGGCGCGCCGCCACAGAAGUCGACUUCGACCCGGACUUCUGGUUUGAACAGCCCUACAACACUCGGCUUCUAGAGCGAGCUUGUGGCCACCGGGACUCAGAACUCGCCGCAAAAUUUGUGAAAGUCACACUUGAUGCUGGGGCCAAAUCUUCUGCUGUCAAUCUCUGUAAUCAGAGGAGGCCCCUUCAUGUGGCUGCUGCAUCAGGGAACUCUGCUGCUCUGAAGCUGCUUUUGGAAUGUGCGCCUGGGGACGUUAAUGCUAAAGACACCAACGACCAAACAGCGCUUCAUCUUGCAGCGUCAUGCAGUUCGUCCACACACUCGCACGAGUGCCUGCAGCUCCUUCUAAAUGUGGAAAACGUGGAUGUCAACUUGAAAGACAGUUCUGGACACACUCCGGCUGAUGUUGCAGGAUGUCUUGUUGCUCUGAGCAUGAUACAGAGGAAAGGCGGCACAAAGAGUGGGCCCAACACGAGUAUCGGUCACGGAGCUAAUGGUCGUAUGAAACUCUUAUCGAACGGUCAUUCUGGCGCACCAGUAACACAUGGCGAUGUCAUCAUCCCGAUCUCCAUAGCAAGUGGGUUUGACCCAGCAACUGAUGAACCCACAAAUGGUCCUAGUCUUUUUCGUGGCUUCAGAAGCGAUGGUGGUAGUGCUGUCGAUGGCAGCGACUUUCCCAACGGCAACUUUGCUGGGGGCGGCUUCAGCACUGGUCGUUUCAGUGGUGGCGCACUCGGUCGUGCACUUUUUAUCGGCGAGGGCCUGGACAGGAACGGUAGGGCUGAUUCUGGCAAUGGUAGUAGUAGCAGCGACUCCUAUAAAGACAACAGAAGCUUUGUAAGUGACUGGACUGAUGGUGCUGAGGAGGAUACACACGUACAACCGAGAAAUGUCUGUUUGAGGAAAAAGCUUUUUCAUUUGAUGGUGAGAGGACAGUACGCAAACUUCGAACAAGAAUUUGAUAAGCUAAGUUCCUCUGAUGCGUUGAUGGACUGUGCAGACUGUGGUUACACUUUCUUACAGUAUGCUUGUGAGAGGGGUUUGCACGAUUUUGCAAAGAAACUUCUUGAAAAAGUGAACCCAAAUGCAACUCAUGAGAGAAACAGAAGAACGCCUCUGAUGCUUUCCUGUUUGCAGAAUGACAAGAAAAUGGUUUACAUAUUGCUCAAUACUGAAUCCACUGUAAAAAUAGAUGUAAAUGCUGUUGAUCACAAAAGAAACACUGCACUUCACUUUGCUGCCAAAAACGACACCGAAAUCAUCGUUGAGUUACUUAGUCGAGGGGCUGAUCUGCUAGCAAAAAAUACCUUUGGUAAAUAUCCUUUAUCCGUUCAGGAAUUUCGUUCUUUGCUAGACCACGGUUUGAGUGUCCGGGAUAAUAUUUUACCAUCGAAUGAUGAUUAUGCAAUAAAAUUCAAUUUUAAAAUGCUAAUAUCACAGAAAAACGUAAUUAAACGUAAAGUAGUCGAAAGUAAAUGUUUCCCGGUUCAGGACCACGCUUCAUAUCUAGACGUCACCAGUGACCAUUCAGAGUUAAUGGAGCCCCCGUUAGAGAACACAUACAAAGAAAUGGAUAUUUUACAUUCACUUACAAAUUUGCCUGAUUACAGAUUACUUCUAAAGCAUCCACUUAUUACUAGCUAUUUGCAAGUAAAAAAUGAUCACAUGCGAUUUCUGCAGCAUCUGAAUUUAAUACUAUACCUCGUUUUCGUAAUUACAUUAAACGUGUACAUCUUAAUGCAAGUAAGUGACCUAGACAGAACGUCUGCAGCGGUGCAAUCCAUCGAAAUUUUUUGUUGUGUGACUGCCGUAAUAUGCACAGUAUUUAUGUUGGUUACAGAGGUCGCACAGCUUGUUCUAAAAACUAGCCUUUACUUUCAAAAUUGCGAAAAUGUUUAUGACAUAUCGCUCAUCACAUUUGCUAUUCUUAUUCUUUCACAAUGUCCCCUCGGUUCAUUUUCUCGUUGGGUCUACACUGCCUCGAUAUUAUUGUCAUGGAGAGGCCUUUUUGUAAUUACCAGUAGGCACUAUAAAUUUUCAACGAACGUUGAAAUGCUAAGAGCUGUUUCUGUCAAUUAUUUACAUCUACUCAAGUCUUAUAUAUUCAUUAUUGUUGCCUUCUCUCUCAGUUUCUAUGUGAUAUUUUCUCCACCUACGAAUGAGACUGUGAGCGCGAAAUCUCUUAACGAAGGGAAUAGCACACUUAGGGGCACCGAUGUGGUCAAAAACACAGGGGAAGAUUCAGAAUCAGGAGACUUCUUUCAGAAUCCAUUCAGGACAUUUUUAAAAACUCUCAUUAUGAUGACUGGAGAAUUUGAUGCUAACGACCUCCCUUUCGAAACAGAUAUCUGGUUAACUUCAAUAGUGUUUAUCCUUUUCUUAUUUUACUUGCCUGUUGUUUUACUAAACCUUCUCACAGCUCUUGCUGUGUCAGACGAACAGCAAAUACGGGGUGACGCCGAAAUCCUGAGCAUUAUGUCUCAGAUACACUGCCUUUAUGAAAUUGAAAACAUAACCGUGUGCCUUAAUAAGCUGUGUAGACGCUGGAAAUAUGCUGCAAGAAAAUUUGAAAAUUUGUUAUUGUUUUCUGGAAAAUCUGAAGAAGCUUGCUUAGUUGUCUGGCCUAAUAAGGGGGGACAGACGAGAAUUUCAGGAGAACAAGGCAAACAUCUAAAGUCACUUGAUCCUGAAAUAAUGAGUGAAGCAAAGCGAAUUCUGUCGGAGCGUGAGAGCUCUCUAGCAGAUUCGUCAAGCGAGGUAAGUAAUUUGUCUCUUUUACUAGAGCGUAUUGAACGUGUUGAAAGUAGCGUGAAGCUUUUGAUAGAGGGACAACAGCAGAAAGACGAAACGUGAACAUACAUACAGAGGCAUUAUACGACACGAACAUUUUGAAAAAUGUUAUUCAUGCUUGGUGGAAAGUAAUAUUCAUAAAAAAAAAAUUCUGAGUCUUUGAAGCAAUAAUGCUGUGCAAAAAAAACCAUAUACGUUAGUAAUUUAUUGUGUAAUUAACAUUUAUAGGAAUGUUAAUAAUAAUUAUUGAUCUGUACUGUUAAAAAAUGUAAUAAAUCAAUUCUUCAGUACUUGGAAGUUACUGAAUUUACGCUUUAAGUGAAUUUCAUCUCAUAACAGACUGUCAUUUUUAUAUGAUAACUAAACUAUUGAGCUCUUAAUUAGUUCAAACUAUUUUUAGAGUUUAUUUUCAAUGUGUCGUUUCUCAGAUGGUAAGAAAUACAAGCACAUAGAAAGUCCUUAUUACUGCGAAAA